AUGGCCGUGCAGAAGAAGUCGGGGCAUACGCAUACGCCGGGCAUCAAGGCGGUGAAAGGUGAAAACUUUUACCGCGAUGCCAAGGCGGCGAAGCGCGUCAAGCUUCUCACGAAGCAUGGCGUGGCCACAAAGGCGAAGCGCGAUCGCCAGGGCAAUAUCCUCGAGGCGGCCGAGUACCAGUCGUCCGAGGCGAAGCCGGGCCGCGUGCAGCCGGACCGCCGCUGGUUCGGGAAUACGCGUGUGAUUGCGCAGGACGCGCUGGACCACUUCCGGACGGCACUGGGCAACAAGGUGCACGAUCCGUACUCGAUGGUGAUGCGCCGCAACAAGCUGCCCAUGUCGCUCAUCCAAGACCCCAAGAGUGGCAAAGGGCCUGCGCUCACCGACGUCGAGCCCUUCCAGCAGACGUUUGGGCCGGGCGCACAGCGCAAGCGCCCGCGCCUCGAUAUGGGCAUGAGCUCGUUUGCAGACCUCGCCGAGACGUCGCGUGUCGUCGGCGAGAAGGAGGACGAGAAGCAGGCGGCCAUCGCCGCCAAGGCCGCCGGCGAGGGGCUCGUGCCGGAAGACCGCGAGAUCCCGCUGGGGUCGUCGGACGCCGACCACAUCUCGCACCCCGACGAGCUGUACUCGAUCCCGGUGCAGCGCGGCCGCUCCGAGCCGAUCUACUCCAAGGGCCAGUCGCGCCGUAUCUGGGGCGAGCUGUACAAGGUCAUUGACAGUUCCGAUGUCAUUCUGCAUGUGCUCGAUGCGCGCGACCCGAUGGGCACGCGCUGCCGCAACGUCGAGCGCCAUAUCCGUGAGGAAACGCCACACAAGCAUCUCGUGUAUAUUUUGAACAAGGUCGAUCUCGUGCCGACCUGGGUAACUGCACGCUGGAUCAAGAUCCUUUCGCGCGAGUUCCCGACGCUCGCUUUUCACGCGUCGAUCAACCACAGCUUUGGCAAGGGCAGCCUGAUCCAGCUCCUGCGCCAGUUUAGCAUGCUGCACUCGGACAAGAAGCAGAUCAGUAUCGGGUUCGUGGGCUACCCCAACGUCGGCAAGAGCUCGAUUAUCAACACGCUCAAGAAGAAAAAGGUGUGCAACGUCGCGCCGAUCCCGGGCGAGACCAAGGUGUGGCAGUACAUCUCGCUGAUGCGCCGCAUCUACCUCAUCGACUGCCCCGGCAUUGUCCCGGUGAGCGCGCACGACUCCGAGACGGGUACGGUGCUCAAGGGUGUCGUGCGUGUCGAGAACCUCGAGACGCCGUCCGAGCACAUUGCCGCGCUGCUGAGCCGCGUCAAGCCCGAGUAUAUCAAGCGCACCUACAACCUCGAGGCGUGGCGCGACGCGGAAGACUUCCUUACGCAGCUCUGCUCGCGUAUGGGCAAGCUGCACCGCGGCGGCGAGCCGGACCUCGACACGGUCGCCAAGAUGGUGCUGAACGACUGGAUCCGCGGCAAGAUUCCCUUCUUUGUCCCGCCGCCCCUGCCGCCGUCCAAGGCGAGCGACGUGGAGAAGCGCGUGCGUGGCGUUGACCAGCCGAUCCAGCAGAUCCCCGUCGCGACCAAGUUUACCGCCGAGGACCGCGACGGCGGCCGGCCGGAAGACUUUGCCAAGGACGAGGACGCGGAGCCCGAGGAGGAGGAAGUGCUCCAAGAGGAGGACGACAAUGACGAGGAAGAGGACGACCAAGAGGACGAGAGCGACGACGACGAGUUCGAGAACCUGGCCUGGGAGGACGUCUUUAGCGGCGAUAAGCAGGCCCCUCUGCCGGAGAGCGAGAGCGAGGAAGAGCGGCCGGCCAAGGAGAAGCGCAUGACCACGUCCAAGCGCAAGGCGGAAAACUACUACACGCAUGCCAAUGUCAAGAACAAGAACCGCGGCAAGAAGGCGGCGCUGAGCGAGGUCGCGGCGUCCUCCCGCCAGCGCGAGCGCGGCAGCCGUGUCGGUGCGAACAAGAAGGCGAGCCGGACGUCGAAUCCAAAGUUGUCGAAGCGCAAGUAG